CGCGCGAUGCUGCCGCCUCUCCAUCGGUUUGAUAGUGAAAAUCGAAUGACUUACGAGCACUUUUCAAUUCCCUACUUUGCAUGUGGUGAUACGGAUGCUCUCAUCAAGUGCAUUCCGUCUUGUAUGAGUAAAAAAAAGCCGACCAGGUAUGAGCCGACUACUGUGGCUGACUAUCACUUAAUGCGGGUGGUGACGUUCUAUUAAUGAGUGAC